UUAAAAAGAUUUCUAUUAUAGUAAUCUCUUCUUCUUCAAGCUAACUUGCUGAAUUAAUCGCAACUUCAUGCUACAUCGUCCAGCCAGUCAUUCAACCAAUAUAAAUUAGUAGCAGUCUAUAAAUUAAACCAUUCAAUAGUUGUAGUUCUGCGGUAUUGGGUAGUGAUAAUUAUCGUCGGUCCACAGUUCAUAUGCUCUUAAAUUCACACAAUCUAGUGUCCAUUCGCGUUUUAAUUAAUGUUAAGUAGUACCUGUCUCAAUUCAUUUUAGUGCUAACGUGCCUUUCGUGCAGCCAGAAAACCACCAUGGAACAACUUUCAUUGGUUUCAUCAAACAAGAUAUUUGGGGGCUACCAAAAAGUGUACUCCCAUCAGUCAUCUGAAUUAAAAUGUAAGAUGAACUUCUCAGUGUACUUGCCACCACAGGCUGAAGGUGGUGAUGUCAAGUUACCAGUUGUUUUCUACCUCUCAGGACUUACUUGCAGUGAGCAAAAUUUCAUCACUAAAUCAGGCUUCCAAAGGUAUGCAGCAGACCAUGGCAUAAUAGUUGUUGGUCCCGACACUUCUCCUAGGGGAGUAAAGAUUCCAGGUGAUGAUGACUCUUGGGACUUUGGUGUUGCUGCUGGAUUUUAUGUAGAUGCCACUAAAGAGCCAUGGUCAACAAACUACAGAAUGGCUAGUUAUGUGAAUAAGGAAUUGUAUGAAUUAGUUCAGCAAGCUUUUAACAAUGUGGUUGAUCCUGACAGAAUUGGCAUCAUGGGACACAGCAUGGGAGGUCAUGGAGCUUUAAUAUCAACCCUCAGAAACCCUGGGUUGUACAAGUCAGUUAGUGCAUUUGCUCCUAUCUGCAACCCUAUUCAAGGCCCAUGGGGUGCCAAGGCCCUUGGUGGAUACUUGGGAGAUGAUAAGAGCAAGUGGGUUGAGUGGGAUGCUACAGAACUAGUCAAGAAAUAUGAUGGACCUCCACUCACUUUACUCAUUGACCAGGGUUCAAUUGACCAAUUUUAUGUUGACAAGCAAUUAUUACCGGAAAACUUGGUAGAGGCGUGUCGUUCAGUGGGUGUCCCAGUCAUACUAAAGUUACGCGAAGGUUACGACCACUCGUACUACCACAUAGCCUCUUACAUUGGCGAACACUUCGACUUCCACGCCAAGAUACUGAAGGCCUAAUCUAAGAAACCUUUAUUGACAAAGUCAAUGUAAUUCAAUAAUGCAUUUUUAAUUAAUAUCCGUUUUUAUUUUUGAAAUAAAGUUGUUACUUACAAA